AUGACGCGCCUACGGAUGGGCGAUCAAGAGACGGCGACCGACUAUAGCAACCGAGCUCGGCGACUUCUCACCAACAUGAGGAUGGCCGACGUGCAAUACUUGACGGCGUCGUACGUCAAGCACCCGCAGGCAAACUACAAUGCCCUGGCAAAGCAAAGUAGUCAACCGGGGCAGCGUGGGCCAUCUGGUGGCGGUGGAGGAGGAGGUGGGAAGCCGGCGAAGGACGCCGACAAGAAGAAGUCGGCUCAGGAUGGCGGUCGAGAAGGAGGAAGUCGGCAUCGGAACUGGUGGUGGAUCUGCCGCAGCCCCGACCACCUCUCCUUUGAGUGCCUCGAUCGCAGCAAUUCCGACGAGACGACACUAAGGGAGGCCGCGAGAGAUCGGUCAGCCGUCGUUCUCGUCGAGGAAAUAAGCCGCACAAGGAGAAGCAGUCGAACAAGUCGACCUCGGCGAAGGACGCUAACUCCUCUUCUAGUGGCAAGGGUCGUGGAACCGACCGUCUCGCUAGCGUCAGAGGCCGGCAAGGAUUUCCAGGCGGUGGCAGCAGCUGCACAGGCAAACCCGGCGGUGGUCCUGCUGGACAGCGGCUGCUCGCACCACCUGAUGAGAACAAAGGAGGCAUUCGUCGACUUGGGGCCGAGCGGCGACGUGAAGCACGUGCGCGGCUUCAAUGGGGCUUUGCAGAACGUUCGCGGCCAUGGCAUCGUCGCUCUACAAGGGGACGCCGGGAAGCAGGUGCUCAUCCCCGAUGUGCUCUACGUCCCGGGCUUGCAGGCGAACCUGCUGUCAGCCGGCAAGCUGAAGGAGAGCAGCGUGAAGCUGAUGGACGACGAUGACUGGAUGCUGCUCGGUGACAGGGGACGUGCUCGCGUGGACACCAUCACGAGCUUAACGAAGCACAAGGCCGCCGACGGCCUGGAUAUCAAGCCGUCGGCUGGCCUGGACUCGCCGUGUGUCUCGUGCGUCGGUGGGAAGCUGGCGCGGCACACCUUCCCCGAUAGGGGAUCGAACGCCGAGGACGCCCUGGCCGUCGUGCACAUCGACCUGUGCAGGCCGUUCUAUGUGUCUGCCAAGGAUGACAGCUUGUACUUCCCGCGGCUGAAGGACCGCAAGACCCGCCAAGAAGGCAGACGUGCUGCAGGAUUCGGCGAGCCUGCUGAUGAGAACAUCAAGACUGUCUGCCGUUCUUCCCCUCCCCUUGCCCCUCCUACCCCUCCUUAUGCCGCCGACCUGUGUGGGCUGCCUCUGGUGUCGGCCUCUGGCGAUAAGGGGAGCAGUGGGGCGUCGCCUGUGGCGCCGGCCAAGAGCAUCGCCGGUGGCCGACGUAACGUCAAGCAGCUCGGCGUCGCAGUAAAGUUGACACCGACAGGGGAGCGACGGGCAGUGGAGGUGCAGCCGACUCUGGUGAAGCCGGCGAAAGAGGCAUCGGCAUGGGAGCAGCACGACGUUAGGGGAGCGGGCAGCAGCGAAGCCGACCAACGAUAG